AUGCUGAAACCCAAAAACAUCAAAGAAAAGGUAAGAUAUUGCAGAUAAUGCCCCGUAUUCAGCUGUAAAUCAGAAAAUAGUCCCAUUCUUAUCAAUAUUUCACAACAAAGUCCAAUUCUUAUCAAUAUCUCACAACAAGGUCCCAUUCCCAGCCAGCAAACGACAGAAAAGACCAGCCUUAUACAUCACAUCACAAAAAAGUCUAGUUCUAACCAGCAAACCACAAAAAAGUCCAGUCCUAGCCAUGUCGCCUCAACAACCUCAAUUCCAAGCCCAUCGUCACACACCGCAGCUGACCGUGCUCCCAGCCCGGCUCCAAUCGCAGAUACUUGUGAAAUCGCUGGCCUCGCACCGUUCGAGCUCGCAAAAACAAGUCCGACCCGAUCAUUGUCAUCUGAAAAGAGAACGUUUAGCCUACGUGCUGAAUGAAAAGUGCCCCGCCCAGUUGCUGAGGACAUAUCGUUGGGUUGAAUGA